AUGUCUGUGUCUAUAUAUCUUGUGAUUGUAACAAUCAUCGAGUGUUCGCGCAUCUUGAUUUAUGUGCGGUUUAUUGCACUCGGCCUGUUCGACAACAAGACACACAAAGAGGCAGAAAAAACUGUCAGGCAAGGUCAACCAUCGGCUCAACCUCAAUAUACUGAGUGUCCUGGCCGAGUUCCACUGUAUUUUCGCUUUUCUACAUACAUCAGCUUCGGCAUCUUGAUCUUCGCGGGUCUCAUUCGGGACUUUUUUGGAAAACUUCUCCGUCCCAGGAGGUAUCAGUAUCUCAAAGCUCAGAAUGGAUACGCAGCUCUCAACUCUGGUUUCGACAACUUUUACCUACGUCGACUCCAUUCGCGAAUGGACGAUUGUUUCGAGCGUGUGACUACAGGCGUCCCCGGACGGCAUAUUGCACUUGUCAACCAGGCCGAGGGUACACCCGUCAAAACUCUGAAUUUGAGUUCAUAUAACUACCUCGGAUUUGCGGACUCCCAAGGCCCAUGUGCAGCGUUUGUGGACAAGUCGAUAAGAACUUGCGGCAUCAGUUCUGCGAGCACCCGUGCCGAAGUAGGAACACAUAGCCUUCACACUGAAGCGGAGAAGCUAGUGGCCUUGUACGUGGGCAAACAAGCCGCCAUAGUCUCUUCUAUGGGAUUUGGUACCAAUUCAAGUGUUUUCACCGUACUUGUUGGCAAAGGAUGCCUUGUUCUUUCGGACGAACUCAAUCAUUCAUCAAUCCGGUUUGGAGUACGUGCCUCUGGCGCCGCAAUCCACACUUUCAAACACAAUAACCUUGCGGACUUGGAAAGAGAGCUUAGAAAUGCCGCAAAGUCUUUUCCAAAGUGGAGAAAGGUGCUGGUGGUCGUUGAAGGGCUUUAUUCCAUGGAAGGAUCAUUGUGCAACUUGCCCGGGCUCGUUGCCCUCAAAAAGCGCUACAAAUUCUAUCUUUUUAUCGAUGAAGCCCAUUCAAUAGGUGCAAUUGGCUCGAACGGGAAAGGCGUUUGCGAUUACUUUGGUGUGGAUACGGCGGAAGUUGAUGUCUUGAUGGGCACUUUCACCAAGUCGUUUGGCGCGAUAGGGGGAUACAUCGCGAGCGAACACGCAGUGAUCUGCAAAUUACGAGCAACCGACCCCGGGUUCAUCUACAGCGAGGCUCCAGCUCCAGCUGUAUUGGCACAAAUUAUUUCCUCAAUUAAAAUCAUCACCCGACGUGGUGAAGGGCCAGGUGAAGGUGGCACCAGGUUGGCACAGUUGCUAUUUAACUCCAGAUAUCUUCGCCGGGGACUCAAACAGCUAGGGCUUUCAGUUUAUGGAAGUGAGGACUCCCCUGUGGUGCCUGUCCUUCUACUCAAUCCGGCUAAGAUGCCAGCCUUCUCACGUGAGAUGCUUCGGCGAAGGAUCUCCGUGGUUGUUGUCGGAUAUCCUGCCACUCCGUUGCUACUAGCCCGAGUCCGCUUCUGCGUCUCGGCGAUUCACACGAAGGCUGAUUUAGACUAUGUAUUACUGGCAUGUGAAGAGCUCUGCCAUGUACUACAGCUAAGACUAUCUCCUUCUCAUUGA